AUGAGGAGCCAAAUGCACGACUGUGGCUACCAGCUCUGCAACACUCGUCUGACCGUGUCCUACAGCCGGAGCAGCGGCCCGGGAGGGCAGCACGUUAAUAAAGUGAACACCAAGGCUGAAGUUCGGUUCCACCUGGCGUCAGCAGACUGGAUCCCAGAGGCUGUGAGGCAAAAAAUGGCAUCAAUGCACAGGAACAAGAUCAACCGAGCUGGGGAGCUGAUCGUGAGCUCUGAGGAGUCUCGUUACCAGAUGAGGAACUUGGCCAUUUGCCUGGAAAAAAUCAGAACCAUGGUGACAGAGGCCACUGAGAAACCCAAGGUGGUGUCUAAGGAGACGACACAGCAGCUCAUAGAGAGGGUGGAAAAAAUGAACCGGGAACGACUGCGACAGAAGAAGCUGCACUCGGAUAAAAAACAGAGCAGGAAAGCAGAGCUGGACUGA